GCCAUAUUAUUGUCUGGAAAUUCUGGGUUCCACAGAAGCCCCAUCGCUGCUCCUCAGAUAUUGUGCGUCCCGGAAGCUAUGCUGCCACAGUGCACUAUGGGUUUACAAGAGCAACAAAAGGUGAAUAAAUCUCUGGAGUUGGUGUCAUUUGAGGAUGUGGCUGUGGACUUCACCUGGGAGGAGUGGCAGGACCUGAAUGAUGCUCAGAGGACUUUGUACAGGGAUGUGAUGCUGGAGACCUAUAGCAACCUGGUGUCACUGAAUGUCCAGAUAGACGAUGACCUAGUGGAGAGGAACCAGGAAAGUCAUGGUAGAUGCUUGCAGCACAUAGUAAUCACCAACAGCAACACAUCAGCUGAGGAGAGAGUUGUGUUAGGAAAAUCAUGUUAUUUGAAUUCAUAUCAUGUUUUAAAUCUGAUUAUAAGUAAUGGAAACUAUUCAGGAAAGGGACAUGAGGAGUUUUGCCUAUGUCAGAAUGCACUUCUUCCUCAGAUGCCUGCUGGAGAGAAACUUUAUGACCAUGAUAUAACUGGAAAUUUUCCCAGACAUCAUGAGCAUCUUAGUCAGCAUCCCAAUAUUCAAAGUGGGAUGCAGCCUUUAGAAUACAGUGGAAAAGGGAAAUCCUCCAACACAGAGCCAAUAGAAUUUACCCAUGAAAAUAUUCAUAUGGAUGACACCACCUAUAAAUAUAACGAAUAUGGGAAAGGCUGUGGGAAGUCAGCUGUCAUUGACCAAGAAAUAAAUCAGGUAGAAAGGAAAACUUUUCAAUGUGAUGUAUGUGGGAAAAUAUUCUAUAAAAAAUGUGAACUCACUAAACAUCAGAUUAUGUACAUAGGAGAGAAGCACUAUAAAUAUACUGAAUGUGAGAAAUCUCUUAUUAAGAAAUUACACCUUACCUCACACCAGAGAACACCUAUGCAGGAGUAUCUUUAUGGUUGUAAUCAACAUGAGAAAAUUUUUUGUCAGAAGUCAGACCUUACAAUGCAUCAGAGAAGUCACACAGGAGAAAUUUACUAUGGAAGUAUUAACUGUGGAAAAAGCUUCUGUGAGAAUUCACUCCUCAGCCAUCCUGAGAGAAAUCACACAGAUGAAAUACCAGAUGGAUAUAAUGAAUGGAGAAAAUUUUUCUACCAUGAGUCUGCCCUUACUCUAUAUCAGAGAAUAGACACACAUGAGAAACCAUGUAAAGAAUAUAAAAAAUCGUACAGUAAUAAAUGUGGUAAAACGUUUUGCCAAAAGUCACACUGCAGCAGCCUUCAGAGAAUUCACAGAGGUGAGAAACCUUGUGAAUGUAAAGAAUGUAGGAAAGCUUUCCUCUAUAAGUCAGUCCACAUUUUAUAUCAGAGAAUUCACACAAGUGAGAAACCAUAUGAAUGUAAAGAAUGUGGAAAAACCUUUAACCGAAGGUCAAACCUCAGCAUGCAUCACAGAAUUCACACAGGUGAGAAACCAUAUGAAUGUGAGGAAUGUGGAAAAGCUUUUAUCCAAAAGGCAGACCUCAGUAGGCAUGAGAGAACCCACACUGGUGAGAAACCGUAUGAGUGUAAAGAAUGUGGAAAAGCUUUUAACCAAAAGUCAUACCUCAGCAUUCAUCAGAGAACUCACACAGGUGAGAAACCAUAUGAAUGUAGAGAAUGUGGAAAAACUUUUAACCGAAAGUCAAACCUUAGCAUCCAUCAGAGAAUUCAUACAGAUGAGAGACCAUAUGAGUGCAAAGAAUGUGGAAAAGCUUUUAACCAAAAGCCAUACCUCAGCAGCCAUCAGAGAACUCACACAGGUGAGAAACCAUAUGAAUGUAGAGAAUGUGGAAAAACCUUUAACCAAAAGUCACACCUCAGCCACCACCAGAGAAUCCACACAGGCAAGAAACCAUAUGAAUGUAGAGAAUAUGGAAAUACUUUUAACAAAAAGUCACACCUCAGUAGCCAUCAGAGAACCCAGACAGAUGAGAAACCAUUUAAAUGUAAAGAAUGUGGAAAAGCUUUUAACCAAAAGGUAGACCUCAGCAGGCAUGAGAGAACGCACACAGGUGAGAAACCAUAUGAAUGUAAGGAGUGUGGAAAAGCUUUUACCCGAAAAUCAUACCUCAGCAUUCAUCAGAGAAUUCACACAGGUGAGAAACCUUAUGAAUGUAAAGACUGUGGAAAAGCUUUUACUCACAAGUCAGAUGUCAGCAGGCAUGAGAGAAUUCACACAAGUGUGAAAUCAUAUGAAUGUAAAGACUGUGGGAAAGCCUUUAACCAAAAGUCAUACCUCAGCAGGCAUGAGAGAACUCACACAGGUGAGAAACAGUAUGAAUGUUAAGACUGUGGGAAAGCUUUAAACCAAAAGUCAUACUUCAGCUUUCAUCAGAGAACUCACAUGGGAGAGAAACCAUAUGAAUGUAGAGAAAGUGGAAAAACUUUUAAACAAAAAUCAAACCUUAGCAGUCAUCAGAGAAUUCACACAGGUGAGAAACCAUGUGAAUGUAAAGAAUGUGGGAAAACAGUUUACUAGAACUCACCGUAAUAGACAUGAACAAAUUCACACAUGGGAAAAUCUCAAUUAACAUCUUGGCUGUGGGAAAAGGUCUUGCCAUAAAUCACACCUCACAUUUUAUCAUGGAACUUACACCAAGAAGAAGCCCUAUAAGUGCACAACUGUCCCUUGGUAUUGGAGGUUGGCUCCAGGAGCCCCUGUUGAUGAAAACACAAAUGAUCAAGCACAUUCUAUAAAUGGUGUACUGUUUCAAUAUUACCUGUGCACUUUUUUCCAUGUUCUUUUCAUCUUGAGUAGAUUAUAUAUAUUGCUGAAUACACAAGGAAUUCCUUGUAAAUAGUUACACUGUGUUGUGGUUUUUUUUUUUACUUGUAUUAUAGUUUUAUUUUUUUCUUUUGGUUUUUAAGAAUUUUUAUGUGUUUGGCUGAAUCAGCAGAUGUGCAACCCUCAGAUAUAGAAGGAGGUCAAUAAUUGUGAAAACAUCUUAUUUCAGCAGUUACAGGGCUGGCUAUAGUUAGUGUAUUGUUGGUUAGAGCAUUAUGCUGAUAACACCAUGGGUCCCUGUACUGCCCAGCCACAGAAAAACAAAAACAACCCCCCACCCCCCGAAAGAACAAAGAAAAGUAAAAAGAACUUACCCAGUAGCAGUCAUGAGAUAAUUUCCAGUGGGGGGGUGGAAUUUUGCGUGUAUUAGAAUAGGUAUGUAUUUCCUAAAAAAUACCUUUAUUCUCUUGUACACAUGCCUUCAAUCUCAACCUUUAAUUAUAGCUUGUGGAAUCAUGUAAUUUGGCUUUGUUCAGGGAAGUAUGAAGACAGCUGAUAAAUGUUACUUACAGGCCAGGCAAUUAAAAAAAAAUGUUCAUGGA